GGAGUUCAAUGGUAAAUGGAGGAGGCUCAGUUGGCGUGUGAAUUCAUUGCGAGGGAAUUGUAUGGAUAUUUAGUUGUUAGGUCUUGACUGGUGCUCAUACGACAUACACCAUUUCGACCAAGAGUUUAUCCGCUGAGUGUCUCGUCAUGGCGAUUAGUUUUCUCCGCACAGGUUUCCUGGUAUUUGUAAUUCUACUUCUUGACCAGAUUGAGUCCCAAACUGUUGAUGAAGGGGAUCCCAACCACUGGUUUCAGAUGGCAGACGGCGAGCUCACUGCAGCCAUAAACGAAGCCAAAGGCUUAAACACUAACACGGCCGGUGGUACGAUCUUGUUCAUCGGUGACGGUAUGAGCGUGAGCACCGUGACUGGGGUCCGGAUCUGGAAGGGGCAAUCAGAGGGGAAGACCGGGGAAGAGUCGGUGCUGGAGUACGACAAGUUCCCACACUUUGGUUACUCCAAGACGUUCAACACCAACUCACAGGUGCCUGACUCCGCGGGGACCGCCACGGCAUACCUGACGGGCGUGAAGACCAAGCGCCGAGUCCUGGGCUUGGACGCCGGUAUCAACGUCGGUGACUGCGCGUCGACAUUCGGUCAUGAACUCGACUCCAUCCUGGUUAGGGCCAAGAAUUCAGGACUACCCGUUGGCAUAAUAACCACAACUCGGCUGACGCAUGCCUCCCCGGCGGGGGCCUAUGCGCAUGUGCCAGAGAGGGACUGGGAAGCAGACAGCGGCCUGACGCCCGAGGCAGAGGCUAAUGGGUGUAGAGAUAUAGCUUGGCAGCUGAUGCACGGCCCAGUCAUCGACGUCAUCAUGGGAGGAGGUCGAAUGUACUUCCGGACACCUGACAUACCGGACGAGGAGGAGGGAACCGGGGGAAUCAGAAAUCAAGGUGACUUGAUUCAGGAUUGGAAGGACCGGUACGGCAAGAUGGGCAGCGCGGAGUACAUCGUAUCUAAAUCACAGCUCGAUGCUCUGGACACGGACGAUACUGACUUUCUACUGGGACUCUUUGACAGAAAUCACCUCAACUUUGGCUUGGACUCCGCCGAUGACAUUUUGGGCAAUCCGACACUGGCCGAGAUGACUGAGGCAGCCAUCAAGAUCCUGAAACGAAAGGGAAAUGGUCGCUACUUCCUCUUCGUAGAAGGUGGAAGAGUUGAUCACGGUGAACAUAUAAAUAACGGCAAGAAAGCUAUCGACGACGGGCUGGCUCUGGAGAAGGCUAUCGCAAAGGCCAAGGAAAUCACCGACGACAACACGCUGAUUGUCCUGUCGUCUGACCACGCGCACACCAUGACCAUCCAGGGCUACCCAGAACGAGGACACUCGCUAUUUGGUAAAGUGAACUCUGACGAUGUCGGUUUGCCGUACACAACCAUCGGCUUUUACACUGGGCCUGAAGCGUUCAGUGUGCAAGCACGACUAAGGGAAUUGAAAAAGCGGCCAGAUUUAACCAACAUUGACACAGACAAUAAGGAAUACACCCAGCAGGCGUUUGUGGCGACUUUUUACGAGACGCACGGCGGCGAGGACGUGGCUAUCUUUGCCACGGGGCCCUGGUCCCACCUCUUCCACUCUGUCCACGAGCAGAACUACAUCCCGCACGUCAUGAUGUUCGCCGGCUGCUUCGGAGACUACCAGACGAGCUGCCGAGAUUCACCUUACCUCGAUGCAGCGAGGCCAGGGAGGAUCCGCGGCAAGUCGGCGGGUCAACCAACCCAAAUAGCCCCGGAAGGAACAUCAGCUGCGUACGCUCAGACACCGAGUUGGCCAACCGUUCUCGUAGUUUUGCUCCUCGCAAAGCUGAAUCAAGUUCUGUGAUAAAAUUCGUUUAUAUCCGUCACAUACCUGAACAAAAAUAUGUUUGCAAUAAAAUUCCCGAAAUCAAUACCUUAUAAAUUUAGUAGAAAGGGCAGUUAAUCUAAAAGAAUAAAAAGAAAAACUCUGUGAGAAACAUGUCUAGAAUAUUAUGUACGUCGAAGGUUUUUGCUCAGUAAUCAUUAAUACGUUCUUGGAGAAAAUGACAGGAAUACAAUUUACAUUCAGAAUUUAGAGGAUGCUAUUGUAUUUUAUUAUGAUUUUAGUAUUUAAUAUAGCAAUACAAUCAUCUAAUACGGAACUCUAACAAUAUUAGCUUUUGCUGUUAAAGUUAACUUAAUUCAUUUUGUUUACGAUGCGCUUUAUAAAUUUCUAAAAUUGCAAUUGGAUUUUUUUCAAAGUACAUUUGUUGUUUUGUCACUUUUGUGAUGAAUGGUUUCAAGAAGCAAUGUCUUCGAUAGCAUUCCCAACAUUUCAGUAAACUUUCCGCAAAGUAUUCGGAAAGAUUUGAGGUAAUUUGAAAUGCUUAAAUGCCAUUUAGUCAGUUGCAUUUUAAGAGGUGAAACAAUAAUUCGCCGCAAUGGCCUCAUUCUAAUGAAUGGUUUCUACGGAUGCAUUGUUAUACUUAAUACUUUUGUAUUAAAAUCAGUUUAUAAACUCCGGCAAGCGCCACAUCUGAAAAGCCGCACAUGAUAGACAUUAAACUGAAAGAUUUGCAAAUUUUGAUUAAACGACAACAAAAUCUGCAAACCAGAUGUUUUGUGUGUGU